CAGAUUUUGAAUUCUACAGCAGGAGCGGCGACAAAUAUUUACAGUGUUUUCUCUUAUUCUGUGUCUUUCGUCGCGAUAAGCUAUUAAAAUCAUGCAGCCCCUUACUCUUAACACUAAAGGAGACAUCCAAAUUGAUAUAAAUCAAGUUAGGAUAGACAUUCUGCACGGAAUCAAGGAAUGUAGUGAUCGCGGGCUAUCACAGACGACUAAGUGGCUUGCAGAGCUGAAUUAUGCUCUCAAAGAUCAUAAAAUAACUUACGAAGAGCCUCCGGGUGACCAUGACGAUGGUAUCUCAGCGGAAGAAAGGGAAGCAUACACAAUGGCGAAGAGUUAUUUUGAUUGCCAAGAAUAUGACAGAGCUGCUCACUUUAUAGAGAACUGUACAAGUUCAAAAUGUGUGUUCUUACACAGAUACUCUCAAUACAUGUCCAGUGAAAAGAAGAGAUUGGACAAUGCCACAGACUCUGGAGCUGAAAACUCAGAAUCAACACAAGUGCUUUUAGAUCUUCUUUCUUUUUUUAAGGCAAACCGCAACAAUUUGGAUGGCUACUUGCUCUAUCUGGAAGGAGUAGUGUUAAAGAAAUUGGACCUGCGAAGUCAAGCUGUGACAGUACUGCAAGCUGCAGUUGCAUCUACUCCUACACUGUGGGCUGCGUGGGUGGAGCUAGCAGGCCUAGCUAAUGAAUAUGAAGCAUUAGAUGCUCUACAACUACCCAAGCAUUGGAUGAUGUACUUCUUUGCAGCUCAUGCAUUUGUAGAGUUAAAACUUUCUGAGCAAGCCCUUGAAGCAUACACAGCUCUGGCUGCUGCAGGAUUCGAUAAGAGCACUUAUGUCAUGGCUCAAAUGGCCAUUGCACAUCAUGAUAGGAGAGAUGUAGACUCAGCAUUGAAUCUCUUUUGGGAGUUGUACCAAAUUGACCCUUAUCGCUUGGACAAUUGGGAUGUGUACUCCCAUCUACUUUACUUGAAGGAGAAGAGAAUGGAACUAGCUAACCUGGCUCAGAGGGCAGUCUCCAUUGACAAGUACAGGGUUGAAACCUGCUGUGUUAUUGGUAACUACUACAGCCUGCGGAGCGAGCACCAGAAGGCGGUGAUCUACUUCCAGCGCGCCCUCGCCCUCGACCCGCAGUACCUCUCCGCCUGGAUCCUCAUGGGGCACGAGUUCAUUGAACUCCAGAACUCCAAUGCUGCUAUACAGUGCUACCGACAAGCUAUUGAUGUGAAUAGAAACGACUACCGGGCAUGGAACGGGCUCGGUCAAGCAUACGAGAUACUAGGCCUCAAUGGGUACUGCAUAUACUACUACUCGAGGGCCGCGCAACUCAAACCAGAUGACUCCAGAAUGUUGGUCUCCCUCGGAGAGGCUUAUGAGAAGAUGGACAAGAUACCCAACGCAUUGAAGUGCUAUUACAAAGCUCAUAGUACCGGUGAUAUUGAAGGCAUGGCGUUAUUUAAGUUGGCAAAGCUGUACGAGAAGUCGAACAUGCCAAACAGUGCCGCGGCAGCGUACACGGCGGGCUGCCAAGACCCCGCCAACGCCGGCAGUAAAGAACUGCCCGCGGCGCAGCGUUACCUAGCGCAGUACUACCUGCGCUUCUCACUGCUCGACCACGCUGCGCACUACGCGUACAAAUGCUUGGAGAACGAAAGUACAAAAGAAGCUGGGAAGAACAUUCUCAAGACGAUAUCGGAGAAGCGGCUAGCGGCGUCGUCCUCCCAACCUGCGAACUUACCUGAUGACUUGCCGGAAGCUAUAAAGAACGUAUCAACAGUCUCCAUAGGCCUGGAACCCCCUAAGACGCCGCUACCAAGUCCUAAUGUUACUCCAGACAACUUCUCAACGCCAAUGUUCACACGAAGAGGUAGUAAAUAUAAAAUGUGACAUAUCUCUAAGAAAUGUAAAAUGUAAUGAAAAGUGGAAGUGACUAAAGCAAAGUGACUUAAGCUGGAAGAGUCAGAUCAGAUACUGAAUGUACACAAAUAGUUCUAUGAACUUCUUGUAAAGUGUUUAUAAUAAAUAAUUAUGUAUUUGUGUCAAA